CAAACUCAGAAGAACACUCAGGAAGAAAACAAACACACAAAAACAAUCACACAAUAAACUUUAUAAAACGUAGACAAUAAUAAUUAGCUUAAACCAUUUUGAAAAUAGUUAUAGUUUUUAAUAGAAAAUAAACUAAACAAAUAUGAUUCCUUAAUUUGCCAUGUCCUAAUUCUGAAACUAAACUGCUAAUUAAACUCGGGGUUAGGCCAAAGAACGGUUCUUCCCUAUUUUCCCAUUCAUAUUAGCUCAUGUUAAGACCAACCCUAACUCUAAACCCUACUACCCUUAGCAACCCAUAGACCAACCCUUAAGUUACUAGUUACUACUAAGAAUAGCGCAUUAAGAUUUGUGGAAAACAUCACCGUAACAAUCUUGCAGUAACACUACGGUUAUUUAACAAAACCAGUUCGAGAACCUUGAUUAGCAAAAACCACUUAGCGAGACAGCAAGUACUAAUCAAGUGACACUUGGUUUCUAGAAAAGUUCGACAAUUUAAAGCACUUUGAACUUUAAAAGAAUAUCAAUUUAAACUGGAUUAGGCGCGCGUUCUUAAUUUGGUCCAAUCUAAGUAAAAUCUGGUGAAAAAUAGUUCUCUGAACACCUUUUCGAGUUUAGAUUUAACAGUAGCAUAGAGCUAAAAUCUCUUCAAAGUCAAACUAAUUCAACAAGAACAAUCAAAUAUAAUAUUUAAUCUUUUGUGUCAAAUAAUUUGGCCUAAGAAGGUUUUAUAAUUCCAGAGACAAUAAUAAAUCAAUAAAUCAAAUUUGAACAAUUCAACAUCAACCCACAAACAAAUCAACACUUAUAAUAUAACUUAAACAUUCAACAAAAAAUUGGAAUUGAAAAUAAAAUAUUUAAUAUGGAGAGUCAAAUUUAUGGCUUGAAAGCUUGAUAAAUUAGAAAAUCCAAGAUAAUGGAAUCAAAAGACAAGAAAAACUCCCCUGAGUUUUUUCCUUUGUACGCACAGCAGAAGCUAGAGGCCAGCUUCCAUUAACAAAGUCCUGCAUCGCCGGAAUUCAUGGUGUACAAUUGAUGUUCCCUUCGUCGGAGUUGUCGUCUCCGGACGCCGCGCCGGACCUAGGGUCGAAACCCUAGGUCGGCUCUCUCUGUUCUGUUUCCGCCUCCUCUCUGUUUCGUUUCUGUUUUUAUCCUCUACUAGACCGGUACCCGUGCUUCCUAUGCACGCACAGACUCUUCUCUGGCCAACCCAACGUUGCGCCUAGGAGUUCUUCCCGGCCUUGCAUCGCACAACUUCCCUAUCAACUCAUGCUUUCAUUGCCGUUCUCAUGACGACACCCAAACCAGAUUCUUCGUCGACGCCGCCCCUUACCAUGGAGGAUCUUAUGAAAGCAGUCAACAAUCUGAGUGCCGAAUUGCAGGCAACGAAACAGCAGGUUUCUGCCUUGACGGCGUCGUCUUUCCAACGAGAGCAACGACGGAAUCACCCCCCACGCACGGGCUGGCGCCCUCCUCCCCUGCGCACACCCGGUACCGGCUCCCACAACGACGCCAUUCCAAGGCUACGUGUUGAGGCUCCCCAUUUCAACGGCGACGAUCCAGCGGGAUGGAUUUUUCGGAUUCAUAACUACUUUGAUUACUUCCAGACACCGGAGUAUGAACGCUUGCCGUUAGUCUCCAUGCUAAUUGAUUACCCGGCGUCCGAUUGGUUUCGCUACUACCAAACCAAUAACUGUGGUACUAGUUGGGAGGCAUUCCUGUUGGCCGUUCGUCAACGAUUUGAUCCAGAAUAUUAUGAAAAUUAUAUUGGUUCCUUGUCCAAGUUGCAACAGACAUCUACCAUCUUGGCUUACCAAACAGCUUUUGAGGCAAUUCUUAAUAAAAUUUCCGGCGUUCCCGAACCAACCCUUGUUGCUAUGUACGUUUCCGGGCUACGUUCACCAGUGCAGCGCGAGGUUAAUUUGCGCAACCCCCGUACCUUACAGGAGGCUUUUGGAUUGGCUCGCGAACUGUCCGCGUGUCAUCACGAAUCCAAUGCCCUCCGCCGGCCAUGGCCUGCUCGCCCAUCGUUCUCCGCUCCAUCUGGCACAGGGACGGUUCAUUCGUCACCAUCCUCUUCCACGCCGGGCGCAUCUGGUGCCAGAGCUCCUGCGCCAUCCGCCGCUCCACCUCUGCCUAUUGUGCGUGUUACGAUAGCCCAAAAAAAUGAACGAAGUAAAAAGGGGUUGUGUUGGUAUUGCGAGGAGAAGUGGGUUCCCGUUCAUCAUUGCAAAGGCCGUUUCCUCACCUACAUGGGGCCGGAUGAGGAGGAUGACUCCGGCGAAGUCACGGAGGCUGUAUCACCGCUGGACGAAGACACCGUGAUCUUGGCCGAUGUGUCUAGUCUUAAUUCCUUAGCCGGCAGCCCGAGUCCUCGCGCCUUGAAAUUGGUUGGGUCAGUCAAUACCCAGGACGUACAGGUCUUAUUGGAUGGGGGCAGCACCCAUAAUUUUAUCCACCCGAUGGUGGCGGAACGCUUGUCGUUGAUUCUCCACCCGGUUCCCCCCUUUCGUGUUUAUGUGGGAAACGGGGACUCCCUGCGUUGUGCGUAUUCUUGCCCUCAAACUCCGCUAUUGCUACAAGGUGUUCUCUUCGAGGUUGAUUUGUACUUACUCGAAAUACAUGGCCCUGACGUCGUGCUUGGCGUUCAAUGGCUCCAGACCUUAGGCAAGGUCUCUCACGACUACGCUAACAUGACCAUGGAAUUUUGUUGGAACGGGUCCCUAGUCACUUUGUGCGGUGAUACGGCAGCCCCUAAGCCUAUUUCUUUCAUCCAUUUAUGUUCUUUAGCUGCUCACACGCCCCUGGAGUUCUUUGAGUUACUGCCAGUGCCUCAAUCACCGCCUCCGUCGGAGAAUGCCGAGGUGGUCUUUCCCACAGAUGUUCCACCACCCGUUCGGACAAUAUUAGAGUCUCAUGCCACCGUUUUUCAGCUGCCACAGGCCCUGCCGCCGGCUCGGAUGUGGGAUCAUCACAUCCAUCUUGCCGCCAUCACAAAACCCGUCAACGUUCGGCCAUACCGUUACCCAUACUUUCAGAAAACAGAAAUAGAACGGCAGGUACGCGAGAUGCCGUAUUAUCUGAUCUUAUCUUAGAAAUGAACUACGGUGACCUGA